AUGCUGAUCAUGACUCUUGGAAUCCUCUGGUGCAAAAUCGCAGCACGAAUAUUCAAUAGGAUGCCACAGGAGAUCAACAUUCAACUGUCACAGUCUGCUUGGAUAUACUUCAUUGGAACAUUUAACUGGUUCCUGUUGAAGUUAUGUGCAAUCACAUCUGGAAAAGACUUAAAACUCUUCUUUGUGGCAUUGGCUGGUCUAUACACGAUGUCAACUACAGGAACUUAUAUCAGCUCGCUGAACCUAAUAUAUACAGUUAUUCUCGCGCUCGGAACAUUGCCAGCUUUGUAUGCAAGAUACGAAACUCAGGUUGAUACAAUCGCAGCCAGAUGCAUCAAAGGCGUGAAGAAUUUAAGCCAAUUGUUUCAUGUCAAAGUUCUUGACAAGAUACCAAGGCACAGGAAAUUGAAUUAG